CGGUUGUGGUCAUUUGUAGCGUAUUGCUAUCCGUCGUCAAUAACUAUACGAUCCCAGGGCGUGUUCUGCCUAACAGAGAACUGAAAGAAACCGACCGGCUUAUUUUGAUCUCAUUACUUAAACGAGGAAAAAUAAUUUAUUCGCUAGUGAUAAAUUGAAAUGCGCCCUGUGUUACGGCCAGUCACACCCCUGUGAGAGAUCGUAAUUCGUGUUCGUUUGCGUGUCUCCGUUCCGAGGAUUGUGCUUUUCCCGCGGCUGUUUAUCAGUGUUUACUAGCGAGUGACUAAUCUGAUGUUGUGCAGUGUUCAGUUCUGUGUAAGAUCGCGCGUUAUUCAUUGAUGGGCGGCUUUCUGCACGCGGCGAAGGCGGCAGAUCGGCCGCAACGGCGGAUACCAGCUUUUCGGAGGGUCUACUUUAAAAUCCGCCACACUGGAACUGAUGGAAUUAGAAAAUAUCGUAGCCAACACUGUCUACUUGAAAGCCAGAGAGGGCGGUUCCGAUAGCAACAAGGGGAAAAGCAAGAAAUGGCGCAAGAUACUACAGUUCCCUCACAUAUCUCAAUGUUUAGAUAUAAAAACAAAAAUAGAUGUAGACUACGACUACGUGGUGGACCAGCAGCCUAUCGGCAAGCUGUUGUUCCGGCAGUUCUGCGAGCGGAACCGACCCAACUACCACAAAUACAACAGCUUCCUAGAUGCGGCGGAAAGGUACGAGGUGGAAGUGGACGAGACUCGGACUGCCCUCGCCGUAGAACUCUUCGGACGGUACCUGAAGACAGAGGACGGGGAGGCGGUCACGGACGUCGUUCCACCAGAUGUCAUUGAUGACGCGAGUAAGUUGCUCGAAGGCGGUUCAAAGGACAUCUUCAGCGAGUGUAUACGAUGUGUGAAGUCAUUCCUAGCGGGCGAACCCUUUGCUGAAUUCGAACACUCCAUGUACUUCCAUCGCUAUUUGCAGUGGAAAUGGCUGGAAGCUCAGCCGGUCACUCAACACACCUUUCGAAUGUACCGCGUGCUUGGAAAGGGCGGCUUCGGAGAGGUCUGCGCUUGUCAGGUACGCGCAACGGGUAAAAUGUACGCUUGUAAGAAGCUGGAGAAAAAGCGGAUAAAGAAGAGAAAAGGGGAGGCGAUGGUGUUAAUAGAGAAGCAGAUAUUACAGCGGAUUAAUUCUCGCUUCGUUGUGAACCUUGCGUACGCGUAUGAGACUAAGGACGCGCUCUGUCUCGUACUCACUAUUAUGAAUGGCGGUGAUCUAAAGUUCCACAUCUACAACAUGGGUGGUGCGGACACGGGUCUAGGGCUGGAGAGGUCGCGUUUCUAUGCAGCCCAGGUCGCCUGCGGACUCGAACAUCUACACAAGAUGGGCAUCGUCUACAGGGAUUGUAAACCGGAGAAUAUUUUACUGGACGAUGCUGGUCAUGUCCGUAUCUCCGACUUGGGGCUAGCUGUGGACGUCCCUGAGGGGGGAAGUGUGAGGGGGCGGGUCGGGACGGUGGGGUACAUGGCGCCCGAGGUUAUAGACAAUGAGAGGUAUACGUUUAGUCCAGAUUGGUUUUCAUUCGGUUGUCUCGUAUACGAGAUGAUAGAAGGUCGGGCGCCGUUCCGCGCUCGCAAGGAAAAGGUCAAAAGAGAAGAAGUCGAUAGGAGAGUUAAGCACGAGCAGGAGAAGUACUCGUCGAAGUUCAGCGAGUGCGCGCGCGCGCUGUGCGGCGCGCUGCUGGCCAAGAGCGCGGGCGCGCGCCUCGGGGCGGCGGCGGGCCGGCGCGGCGCCGCGCAGGUCAAGCAGCACCGGUUCUUCACGCGCCUCAACUGGGCGCGCCUCGAGGCCGGCCUGCUGGACGCGCCCUUCGUGCCCGACCCUCACGCCGUGUACGCGAAGGACGUGCUGGACAUCGAGCAGUUCUCGACGGUGAAGGGCGUGAACCUGGACGCGGCCGACGACACGUUCUACGGCAAGUUCAACACGGGCUCCGUCAGCAUCCCCUGGCAGCGCGAGAUGAUCGAGACCGGCUGCUACACGGAGCUCAACGUGUUCAGUUCGGACGAGGAGGGCAAGGAGUGCCGACCUCCCGACCUUCAACUGUCUCCACCCACCGCGCCCAGCGACGAAGAUAAGGGAUGUUUCGUGUUUGCCAGACGGGUGCUGUGUCCGCAGAAGAAGGUCCCGGCGCGCCUGCGGCCCGUGCCCGUGCCCGCCCACCUGCUGGCGCCCGCCCGCCCUGCCGCCCGCCCCGCCGCCCGCCCCACUAAUGAUGCACUGUUAGUUCUUCAGCCUCAAGAGUGUCCCAUUUUAAGAAUUUACCGAAACGCUUAG